ACAGAACCGGGCGCUGAUGUUAUUCCAACCCUUUCUUGACUGUCUCGAGUGCGGAGCGAGCGACAAAGUGAGAUAGUAAUCCAUCCUUCUGCUGCAAGCUAUCCGGUCUAGCACUAUAUGACUGCAGACCCAAAAUAAGAUCGUAUUUUUUGAGAUCAACAAUUCUACUUGUUUUCUUCUCCCACUUCCACUAUGGCCCCCUCAAGUACCAUCCCUACAUAAUCCUCAGACUUAAUGGCGGAAUUAAACGCGACGCUAGGCUAUUUGCAGGGUCUGGAGGAGCUCUGUGGACAUGCAAACACCAGCAACAAUUGCUUUGCUAUAUGACAUAUGUUUGGCUGUUCUUCAUGAUUUGAUCAUUUUUCUGACACUUUUUGGCCCAUUGAAUCACCAUUCCGAAGGACCUCGGUGGAUAUAGCUGUUGUGUUGGAUUAUCCAUGUUCCAAGUGCCCUGGCGUUAUAUCGUGGAGUUAGACUAGCUGGAGCGGAAGCCCGAGGGUCGUGCAUGGAUGGCAUGACGGUGCCGAUUACCCCAACCGCGUACGUGUUUGUACAUAGAUGCAUACUUACAUAACUACAUACUUAGCAUUCAAUCAUCACUAUCCGCCCCAGCUUCACUGCCCGCGAUCUAUUCCUUAUCCAUCCCUGAUCGGUCGACACCUGGCGGACACCCAAGUCAUGUCGCUGAUCCGGCAAGGCCCAUGAGCUCCUCGCAAUCCUCCGGCCCGCGUCCUCGACCGCGCUUUCUACCAUGUCCAUGUCCUCUUCCAACAUCCGCGUAUUCGUGCAGUGGAAGAACUCGACCGUGUUCGCCGGCGAAGACGUCGAAUGCACCAUAACCUUUAAAAACGUCGCUCCCGUCAGCAAUCGCUCGCCAGUUCGCAAGGCCAACGGCUUCGCCCACCAUGGCGGGGAGCGACAGCGCAAGCUGCCUCCUGUCCACUCCUCGACGCGCCCCUCUCUAUCGCGCAAUUCCUCCUUCGUCUCCCAAGGUCCCUCCCAAAAUCAUCGCGGUCACCGUCCCGCGCUGUCUCUGAGUUCCCCGCUGCCCCCCAACGGCGAUCGUUUACCGCCUGCCCAAACGAGCGCCUCUCUCUACAAUGGCAGCACAACUCCUGGAGGAGUGCGCAAACAUGCACAUGGCCGCUCGCUCUCCAUCUUAUCAAUGGGGACCGAUGCUCCCACAGAGACAAGUCACGAGGGUACAAGCUCACCACGCCGUCCGGCGCGCGGGCAUGGCAGAUCUGCCAGUUUACAGGUGAUACCGGGCAGGCCGAGUCCUCUUUCAGUUGGCUCUCCAGGUGGGCGUUCUCUGCCGCAACAUUCCCCCUUGGCCGGCGGAGCCUUUUCCCCCCAGUCCCCCUAUGACUAUUCGCUCCCGACUCGACCAUCUCGAAGGCCAUCGGCCAAUUCCACCACACCUACUACGCCUGCCAUGCCACGAGUCUCCCGAAAAGGCUCGAAUUCCAUCUCCCACAGUUUCAAGUUCCCCGCAGCUCCUCCGUCGACAGAUGGGUCACCCCCACUUGCCCAACACGAUGAUUACAUGUCUAAUCAGCGAAUACCUAUGCCUCAGGUGCAGGAAGCAUCUCCUCGAAUUCCCCCAGAACCGAUAUCGAAACCCAGCAAUGACGGGCUCUCACCUGUCGCGCGCAUAAUUUCCGGCUCGAGUAUGAAUGGUACACCCAGAAGUAGUGGAGAGUUCUACUCGAUGAGCAACAACUCCAAUGAAACGCUGGCAUCUGAUUACGUAUCACCUCCCUCAGCACGCCUUCUUUCAAGGGCAAUACAUCAACGGCAAAGCUCUCAAUUAGCUCCUCCGUCCCAACGCAGACAUCCAGAAACACUGAUGAUGGGUUAUGCUCAAAUUAUGGGGUCCUUUACAUUGGACGGCUCCCUGGUUAACCAAGCACCAUUCGAGGAGGUGAAGAGAAAGGGCGUUGUUGGAGGUCAGGGUGGAGGCGGUGUAGUUGGCGUGGAGCGCACAAAACGGGAGAGCGGUUUAUUUGGAGCUUUGGGGUGGUCGAAUAUUGGAGAAUCUAUAGGAGGCCUCUUAGGCUCCACUGAGCCUUCGAGUAUUCGCGAGAUGAGGGGAAUGGCGAGUUCCAAAACAGUGCCACUAAUUACUACACCCCAGUCGAUUCUAUUUGUUGAUCUCCAACUGGCCCCUGGAGAAAGCCGUAGCUACACCUAUACGUUUACAUUACCGCGAGGGCUUCCUCCGACUUACAAAGGCCGGUCGAUAAAAACCGCGUAUCACCUCACUAUUGGAACCCAACGGCCAACCUCCUCCAAGGAUCAACAGGUAAAGCAGGUGGAUGUUCCGUUCCGUGUUUUUGGCAGCGUCAACAGCAAAGGAGAGGUUUUGGGUCACGACCUGAUGUCUCCUUAUAUCAUUCUCCGAGACCAAGCAAGGACAUCGAGCUUAGACUCUCCGCCCAACGGAUCGAGUGGUUCACCCCUGAAGAGAGGCAGUCCCAAAAUAACAUCAGAUCCCUCGUCGUACGACGAGUUCACCGACUACAUUAGCAACCUCCUUGAUAGACCGCGGCAAAAUUCGAGUUUAGGCCUCCUCUCUCCCACGGAAGCCAUGCCCGGCCGCCGCUCCUCCUUGAUAGAAGAACCCACCACGAUGAAAGAAUCCAUCGACCUAGCCAUCAUGCGCAGCAACCUCACCAGCUCAAGCAACCAAAGCACAAACCGCUUCGAGAUCGCCCGCAGCGGCCGUCGCGUCGCCGUCAUCAUGCUCUCUCGCCCAGCCUACCGCCUCGGCGAAACAAUGUCCGCCGCCAUCGACUUCACAGACUCCCACAUCCCCUGCUACUCGGUUCACGUCUCGCUCGAAUCCUCGGAAAUCGUCGAUCCGGCCAUCGCCCUCCGCUCAAACGCCUCCAUCUACCGCGUCACCCGUAAAGUCCACGCAUCCUUCGCCGAAAACGCACUAUUUGCUCAACGUUUAACUUUCUCGCCCACCAUUCCCCCGACUGCGACACCAGAGUUCUGUACGAGCGGGAUCAGUUUGGAAUGGAAGCUUCGUGUCGAGUUCAUCACCCCGCGAUUAACUCAAGAAGACCAGAUUGAGUCGUACCGCGAUGACCUGCUCGAAGAAAUUUCGAGCGAUGAUCGUGGGAUUAUGCUGGCCGCGGUUGAGCGGCUGCCUGCUGAGAGUUUUGAGGUUAGGGUUCCUGUGAGGAUUUAUGGGGCUAUCAGUGGGGCGGUUGAUAAUCCUGAUGAGGAGGGCUUGGUUAUUUGA